CCACCACAGCGCCAUUCCCCACGACGUUAUCGCUGCCCGGCCAGCGGCGAACAACAAAGGCCCGUAAAAGCCCCGCCAUGCCCUCGCGCGCAUGCCCCGAGUAUCUGCUGCGUCGGUCCUAGUCGCUGUACAUGCUUCCACUGUCCGCCGCCGCGCAUAACGGCCCAGACUCUCGCACCCGUCCCUGCUAAUAAGACUAAUCUGGAUAUGCUGCGUCGCCUGCACAACCCUGCUCCGCGCACGCACUUGCAGUAAGCUCGCCCGAAGCCCUGACCGCUGCCCUAUCUCACGCCUGCUACCCCGGCCGCACGCGCCCACACUCCAUAAGCAGAGCCCGCCCCCAACCGCCCGAGCGACACACGACACCCACACGCCCCAACGUCCUCACUGCGGCGCCACAACAGGUUGCAGCACCGGCUGCAGCGAUCCCCUCUGCCGCCCAGUGCCAAACCACCAUGCCGUUCCACGACGACGACGACUACCGCACCGAGAAGAGCUUCGGAAGUGGCAGGAAAUCCCAGAGCUCCUACUAUGGCGAGUCGUCGGUCCAGCGGGAUGGCCUCGGCCGCCGCGUGCUCGACAGCUUCAAGCGCGACCCCAAUGUGACCAUGACGCCCAAGGGCAGCGUGGGCACCGACGGCAAGGUCUUCGACGUCGAGAGCGCCGCCGCCAACACGGCCAGCUCACCGCUCGCGAGGAGGCUCAAGGGUCGCCAUCUGCAGAUGAUUGCCAUCGGCGGCAGCAUCGGAACCGGGCUCUUCGUGGGCUCUGGCCAGGUGCUCGCCGCUGCCGGCCCAGCAUCUCUUGUCAUUUCCUACUGUCUGGUUGGUAUCAUGAUGUACUGCACCGUGCAUGCGCUGGGUGAAAUGGCGGUCCUCUUCCCCGUGGCCGGUUCUUUCUCGGCCUACUCGACGCGCUUCAUCGACCCUGCGUGGGGUUUCGCAAUGGGUUGGAACUAUGCCCUGCAGUGGCUGGUCGUCCUGCCGCUGGAGAUUGUCGCUGCAACCUACACCAUCAGCUUCUGGAACCACGGAGCCGUCAACAACAACGCCUGGGUCGCCAUAUUUCUAACCCUGAUCGUGGGUAUCAACCUGUUCGGCGUCAAGGGCUACGGAGAGGCCGAGUUCGUAUUCGCCAUCGUCAAAGUCGCCGCAGUCGUGGGCUUCAUUAUCCUCGGCAUCAUCAUCAACAUCGGCGGAGGACCCAACGGAGCGUACAUCGGCUUCAAGUACUGGCGCGACCCGGGAGCGUUCCACAACGGCUUCAAGGGCUUCUGCGGCACCUUUGUCAACGCCGCCUUUGCCUUCUCCGGGACCGAGCUCGUCGGCUUGGCCGCAGCGGAGACCGCCAACCCCCGCAAGUCGCUUCCUACUGCUGUCAAGCAGGUCUUCUGGCGCAUCACCCUGUUCUAUGUCGUCUCGCUUCUGAUUGUCGGCCUGCUUGUUCCCUGGAAUACCCCGCAGCUCCUCCAGAAGGAGAACGAGCACGACGCCGACACCGUCACCUCCCCCUUCGUCAUUGCCAUCAACAACGCUGGCAUCGAUGUCCUCCCGUCCGUCUUCAACGCCGUCAUCAUGAUCGCCGUGCUUUCGGUCGGCAAUUCGGCCAUCUAUGGUUCUAGCCGCACGCUCGCAGCUCUUGCAGAGCAGUCGCAGGCGCCCAAAGUCCUUGCCUAUAUCGAUCGCCAAGGCCGCCCCCUGGUCGCCAUCGCCGUGUCUUCCAGUCUGGGCUUCCUCGCCUUCCUUGCCGGCGUCGACCGGGAUAAGCAGCAAGCCACCUUCAACUGGCUGCUUGCGCUGUCGGCGCUGUCGGCGGUUUUCACGUGGGCAUCCAUCUGCCUUGCGCACAUCCGGUUCCGCAAGGGCUGGGCGCUGCAAGGCCACACGCUCGAUGAGCUUGCGUUCCGGUCACAGCCCGGCGUGAUUGGCUCGUGGAUUGGCUUCGCGUUCAACAUCAUUGUGCUCAUCGCACAGUUCUUCGUAGCAGUCGUGCCGCUAGGCUUUGCGACGCAAACGACCAACCAGCGGCUCGAGGGAUUCUUCCAAAUCUACCUCGCGCUCCCCGUCACGCUGGCCUUCUACAUCCCGUACAAGCUGUACUACCGGACGAGCGUGGUCCGGAGCUACAACAUGGAUCUGCACACGGGGAUCCGCGAGCUCAACCUGGAGGCGCUGAUCGAGGAAGAGCGCGAGGAGCGGAAGGCGUGGCCAAAGUGGAAGAAGGUAUACAAGUUCUUUUGUUGAGGGCGCCGCUCUGUUGACAGCAAAAUGUACAUUCUUCUCUGCGAUGCAUGUUUCCCGGCAGUCCGGCGUUUGCAUUUGGGUUCAUAGUAGUGAUACCUGGCGGCAUUGUCUUGUUGAGGCAUUGCGCAGCCCCGCGCUCCAUUUCGACUGCACGUACAAGACGGCGGUAAUUUUCUAGUGUCCAUACUUGGGCGGACGGAGGGUGGUCCCACGUCCCGGUAAUGCCAUCAAAAGUGGCCACGCGGCCUUGUAGAUUUCAAUGGAAACGUCU